AGCCCAGCCACAAACUCAAAACACCCACGUGCUGGUUAUCGGUGCAUUCCUCUUCGCCACGUGUUCUAUUCACCACAAAAGCAGAAACUAAGGUUAUUGGCCUCGAAAAAGAAAUCUUUAAGAGCAGUGAACGAUGAUCAUGAACCUCGGCGUCGUGAUCUGAACUACAAAGCAUCACUGCGAAGACAAGGGUUUGAACUACUCUUCAUACUCUCUGGGAAAAACAACCUCUUCAUGAUGGAAAUAAGUAUUACAAGGUGUCAUCUUGAAACACAAGGUCCUUUUUUUUCAAAUAUUUCAAGAAUAGGAUGGGAAAGCGCUAAGAAACUUCCAUAUAAUGUACCUGCCCAGAGUUCAAGAUGGAACUUUCACAGAUUGGCCUCUUCCUGCCAAGCUUUUACUUCAGUGUAUCCAAGAGGGCCUUUUAUUUGUAGAGCAAAUUCAAUGCCAAUUAGUUUAGAGGGAUCUGUGUCAUUACAAUCUGGAGAUAAUUAUAGUGAGGAUGAGGAUUCAUCGGUAGACUCAGAAGAGGAGGCUUUGGCACAAUCACUUACCAGUGAACAGAUAAUGGGACUGCUAGCUGACACACACAGAGAAAAACUCACCAAGAAACUUAGUGAAGCCAACAUGCAAAAUCGAUUCCUCAAAAGACAGUUGCAUGUAAAGGAGGACGCAUUGGUAAAAUUUAAAAGUGAACUUGCUGACAUGGAGCUUGAAAUUCAGGCUUUGGUCAGACUAGCAGAAGAAGUAGCUCAAUCUGGUAUUCCAGAAGGUUCACGGAAGAUCAAUGGAAAGUACAUUCACUCUCACCUUGUUGCUAGAUUAGAAGCGGUGAAUGAACAAUUGAAGGAACAAAUAAAGGAUGUUGAUGUGGCACAAUCGAAGGAGGUUUCUGUUUUUUGGUUUGGCAUGGCUGAGAGCGUGCAAGUUAUGGGCAAUUUUGAUGGCUGGAGCCAAGGGGAGCACCUUUCUCCUGAGUAUACAGGUUCUUAUGCAAGGUUCUCAACAACAUUGAUGCUUAGGCCUGGAAGGUAUGAAAUCAAAUUCUUAGUAGAUGGUGAAUGGCAGCUGUCAACAGAGUUCCCUAUUGUUGGUGAAGGGUUAACGAAAAAUAAUUUGUUAGUUGUUGAGUAAUGAUCUGUAUUUUCAAUCCUAGCAACACUGUAACAGAUACAUUAGCAGAACUUGGGUGUUAUUUUCUCGAAGUUAUGUAAAUUUUCUUUGGUUGGUAUAUAUACCCAUAAAUACUUUUUGGGUGUUGGAGUAUGUUACUAGAACUCAUUUACAUAUGAACAUUUUUUGGCCUGUAAUUUUAUUUUGGUUGUGAACUAAGGCUAUACCCCAGUUAAUAGCUGAUAGGCAAAUCACAAAUGUAGAUAUUAUCUUUUUUAAUGAAAUUUUUUUCAUAAAUAC